AUGAGCAGGAAAUAUCGACUAUCGCUCUACCUGCUCACCAUUGCAGGAGUGAUUUUCCGGUCUGAAAUCGCAGUCUUACUAGGCACAACAACGAUAUACCUCUGGGCUCAGGGGAGGAUAGGGUUACGUCGAGAAAUAAUUCCAGCAGGCAUUGGCGGUGUUUUGAUUGGUCUAACCAUCACCAUACUGAUUGAUUCUUUCUUUUGGCAGAAGUUUCCCCUCUGGCCUGAAUUGGCUGGUUUUGCAUACAAUGUUCUUCAGGGGAAGGCUUCAAACUGGGGUACAGACCCGUGGUACCAAUACUUGACCAAUGCCCUGCCUCGUCUUCUUUUAAACCCGUUGGUAUACAUUGUGUGUAUCCCUAUUGCUUGUCUGAUCCAUCCGCUCCGUCAAGCUGCCCAGUCACUCUUCAUUCCGCUCAUCAGCUUUAUUGCGGUAAUGAGCCUUCAGCCGCAUAAGGAAUGGCGGUUUAUAAUCUACACAAUACCGCCGUUUACCGGCAUUGCUUCACUUGGAGCAUCAUACGUCUGGACUCGUCGAGCGAAAUCCAUUAUUUACUGCCUCCUUUCCCUCUCCCUUGUCCUUUCAACCUUGGCCUCGUUCGCGAUCUCAUUCCUCAUCCUUCUGCCCAUUUCCAUGGCCAACUACCCAGGCGGAGCGGCCAUGAAGCAAGUGCAUGCUCUCGCCCAUAACACUCAACCAGUCAUUACAGCCCACAUGGACACAUUAACGUGCCAAACUGGAGCAACUCAUUUCUUGGAAAUGCCAAUUCCCAGGUCCCCAAUGAUCCGUCUCCCUGGCUCAAACGAUGGUAGCUUUCCCGAACUCAAAGCUGGAGAGUCUAGAUGGAUAUAUGACAAGACAGAAAGCGAACUUGAAAAGAGAAACUCUGAAUUCUGGGGUCGAAUUGACUAUGCACUUGUUGAAGACGAGGCGGUUCUCCGCGGAAUGGGUAAUUGGAAGCGUAUUGGUAACGCUUAUGGAUAUGAUGGGAUCCGCAUUGUUCGACCGGGUGCUGAUGACUGCUACGCUUGUGGUGUCGAGACUAUGAUCUUGCGGGCAUUCUUUGGGGAUACAGGAGUUGAUUAUUGGGAAUCGUUCAAGGCGGGUGCAAGAAAACGUAUCACACGCGGCUGGUGGGUUGAAGCUCGGUUGGCCCCAAAGAUCAGGAUCAUGAAACAUAUCAGAUGA